AUGGGCGAAACGACAUGGUCCGAUGACUAUGAUAAAGUCAAGAACCACAUCAUCAUGCGCUUAUCUCUACAGAGAAGGCUUAUUCGGGGUACGCCCUUUGCCCCCGUUGGAACACGGACUCUGGAGGUCAGCAUGCAGCCUCGUGAGUCAUUGCCCCAUUCUUCUAACGCAAGAGGCCAGUUUGUCGUCAAGACAUUCCGAUUGGAAGAGCAUAGGAACAACCUGAAAUCUCUUAACGUCCCUAUUGCAGAAGGGAAGACCCUUCGCGAUUUCGUUAGACCCAUCCAAACAAAAGAGAUGAAGCCUUUUGCCUUCAGAAACAAACGACAUGGCCUAGUCGGUUGCCGCGAUUUUAUGUCACAGUUGAUACAGCACCUCAGCCAAGAGGAAGUUGUCAUUUUCAAUGGGAGCAAUCAGCGAAGAUCUUUCAUGCAAAAUUUCCUUACAAGAUAUGGAACCGAUGAUAUGACAUGGCCUAUUAACAUGGAGCAUGGGAUUUUCUCAGACAGGAGGGAAAAGAUGUAA